AUGGCCUCGUCUCACUUCACUUCAUCUUGGAUUCAAUUGAGAAAAACAUUCAUUUUUGUGAAAAAUCUUUACAAAAAUUUUCCACUUAGUAGGAACAAGUUCUCUUCAUCGGAAGAUGUUGCCAUAUUGAAUUAUGUCCUUAAAGAUAACAAGUAUGUCAAUGCCGGUGGUAACAUCAUUUGGCAAAAGGCUGAGGAAUUAAAGAUCACAGACCACCCUUGGCAGUCUAUGAAAGACCGCUUCCGACGUUACAUUUUGAAUAACUUGAAUUCAUACCACACUGUUGAGCGGGAAUUGAGGAUCUUAUUAGCCAAGCACUUCAGCAUUAGUGUAAAAAUUGAAAAACCACCAAAGCCUCUUUAUUUCCUUCCAGGUAACAGCGGAAAAUCAUGUUCAACAAAACAGUCUAUUGAGGCUAGUAGUGAUGCAGAGAAGAAAUCAGAUUCCAGAAGGCAGUCGUCAAAGAAUAAUGAAACCACAUGCCAUAUCAAAUACAUUGAUUACGACGGCAAUCCACCUUGUAGCAGCAAAUCAAUGAAUAGAAUUGAUUGA